AUGAGUUUUCUAUCAUCGAUCGGUCAGUACGUGGCUGGAAUGGCAGAUAGUGUUGCGGGUCUGGCAUUAUCGCCACGCCGUGCGCCACCUCCUCGCCACCGCUCUGCUGAAGAGACUCAACAACAGCAACAACCCUCAACAGCAACUAUGCGAGGAUAUCCGCGCGUGCUACCAACUGAAGGGGUAUCAGCUUUAAGCGCACGUCGUCGAACGCUGGACUGCUUGGCUCCUAUUGCUCCGCAACGACGUGGUGGUUCACUGCGUACACCACGACAGCAGCAACCUCCAGAGAGACCAACAAUGGCUUUUUGUAAAAGGCGCCUCUCUUGGCCUGAAGUAGAUAAUUCAGUGAAUUCAGGUGUACAAGAGACGGAUGGAUCUUAUUUUGAGAGCUUCACUGCACUAUCUUGGAGACAAGAGAACAGGAGACUUGCUGCGCUUCGAUUGGCUGAGGCGAGAGCCGAACGUCCACCCCCCGCGCCACAUGAGCUUGGCCUGCCAAGCGUUUCCGCACAACUGUCACAUAAAGAACACGAACAUUUAUACACUGAGGUACUAUAUUGCAUUGAGAAUGCAGUUGGGGCUCCUGCACCAGAUGGGCAGUUCACUGCGUACAAAGAAGAAGUGAUUGAAUACGCUCGCCGUGCAUUCCGUGUCCCACCGGAAGUGCACGCUCGUGCUUUGCGAGCUGCUGGUAGUGAGCGCCCGCCCACUGUUGUUCUCGGCUGCGCUGUCAUCGAGGCUGAUGGACUGGAGGCCAAGGACGCCAACGGUAUAAUUCUUAAAUAUAUAGAAGUAGUUGAGAAAAUUGCAACUGACAUCGAUGAUAUUUCGUCGGAUGUGCUACACCUGGAUAUUUGGGAUCAUGAUGACGAGAGUUCUGUGCUAGACGCUGUAUCACGCCUUAAUGAAGUCCGUGGAGUUCGGGGUUUAGGACGAUUCUUUAAACAGGUCUGCCAAAGUGCACGACAGGGCAGCCAGGAUGAUUUUCUCGGAUGCGUAAAUAUUCCAUUACGUGAAAUCCCAUCAACCGGUGUGGAAGCUUGGUACAAGCUAGAUGCUCGAUCACAGCGCUCAUCAGUACAAGGUCGUAUUCGGCUACGUUUGUGGCUCUCUGCUCGCGAAGCUGGGCGGCAUGAUGAUGACAAUUGGCAACAGGUACGUCAGCAUGAACGUCUCUUUGGCGUACUCCUGGCCCACGAAGUCGAAACAAACUUUCUUAACAACACGGAAGAUAGAAAGGAGGGUGAAGGCUGCGCCAGCGGCUCCUGGGAGGGUGACCUUUGUGGUGCAGCUCAGACGUUGUUACACCAACAUGCUGUACAAGGAGACCUUAGCACUCUUCAAGCUGCUAUUGCUCGAUUUGCUGCUGCAUGCCGCCUAAAUAGCGACGCGCCUUUGGACCCAAAGUAUAUGUACAAGUUGCUAACAGAGUUGGAAAGAACAUGGAUUGCACAUGAAACAUUGACUGGGGGUGGAAGUGGCGAUUCAGGAGCAGGAGCGUCACGCGAUGAAGAGCGUUGGCUAGCUGAUUGCUUCGGGGAGUUUGUAGAGCGAGCUUUGCAUCAACUUCGACUUCACAGAGAUUUGUAUCCGGUCCUCCAUAACUUAAGCUUGAACCAGUUAGAAUUUUUGUUGCGAUGUCUAAAUCAAUUAGCGCAAAUGAAAGCUUUCUGGCGAUGCUGUCCGUUCAAUAAGGAAAUAAGAAGUGAAGUGGUUGGCGCACUACGCAAAGGCACUGCGGAGUGGUACGAAGCACUUUGUGCUCAAGAUACUAAGUCGGAGCGUGGUGAGGAUUUAGUGAACCUUAUUACACUGGUUCAGAUAGAUCUGCAACAAGGACUUACUUAUUAUCAUCCGCUUUUCGAAACAACGAAUAAUGUUCCGUAUUUUAACGUUGUAUUCACACAAAUAGACAAAAUGGUAUCCGAAGAUGUAAGACUAUGUGUAGAACACUGGAUAACAGAGGGUUGGUGCGGCGUAGCUGAAGAAGAGAUAUAUGAUGAACACGGAAAUGGGAUGUGUGUUGUAUCGGCGAAGACAUUACCGUUUGAGUUGCUGGCGGCAGUGCGCGAGUUAUCCGCCGCUGCUGCUCCAGCGCCUUCCCCUCACCCCGCUACGGACCCCCCACCGCAGCUGCUGGAGGCUUACUUUUGGUUCGAGCCUUUAAUUGAUCGCUGGCUAGCGGUGACAAAGACCAUGGCAUUGCAGAGAGUGCGCGCAGCUGUUGAGCUAGAUCGACCAGUGGAAGGAGAGCACUAUGUAAAACACAGCACGUCGUCGGUGGACACAGGCGCUUGCUUAUACCAUAUGCGCUUGGUAUGGCGCGCUAUCGGCGGCUCUGAAGAAGGUGGAGUCGGAGGUGGUCUUCGGCUUUUGGAAGCCGCUUGCGCAACGGCACUUCAUUAUGCAGAUUUGGUACACGGUGCUCUGGCAGACCAAGGCUACUAUGAAAAUCAUGGACAAAAUAAAACAACUGAAGAGAUAUGCACGAUAGUAAACAACUUAGAAUAUGUGCGGCGCUCGCUUGCAGAAUAUGAUGAUGAAAUGAUAGCAAACGAUGACAACGCACGGCAACUUGUUCGUGGAGCGCUGGGUACACUGGAUGCACGCUCGAGUCGUGCGGCUACACCUCUUGCCGCUCGAGCUCGCCACGCUUUGCGCAAAGCUGUGUUCCAUCUCGCUUGGUCACCAGAUACGUUACCAACACCGCAGGCAAUAACUCCACUGUUGGAGUUCUUGGACCAACAUUUAUCUUCGUUAAAUACUUGGCUACUCCCGCGUGCAUUUCUUCGCGCACUGGCUGGGUGCUGGAGUGCUGUUCUAAAAGAAGUUUCAGCUCAGGCGGAUGCGGGUGGGGCGGAAAAGCCUAGGGUUUAUCAUCACAGAUUGAAAGAGGCUCUAGAACUACUCGCCGAAUUUUUCCAUGCAGAGGGCAAAGGCUUACCGAUGUCAGAAGUGCAUAGCGCUGAGUGGUCUCGCUUAGAACAAAGGAUGCAAUUCCAUCAGGCCCAAACGGAAGAGUUGCUAGAACUAUGGUUAGCAGAACGAAUAUUAGAACAGACUCACACUCCUUUGCCAUCUCCUUAUGGCUCAAUUUUAGUAAGAGUUUACUUCAACCACGAUUCACUUUGUGUAGAAGUUCUAUCAGCCCGUGAUGUAAUUCCGCUCGACCCCAAUGGACUAAGCGAUCCUUUUGUUGUAUUAGAGUUGCUUCCGAAGCGGCUGUUUCCCAAAUCUCAUGAACAAAGUACACAUGUUCAAAAGAAAACUUUAAAUCCUGUCUGGGAUGAAUGUUUCGAAUUCGCUGUGUCGCUGGAAGCCUGCCGCUCACCACAGGCCGCAUUGGCUCUAUCCGUAUGGGAUCGUGACGUAUUGACGGCGGACGAUUUUGCCGGCGAGGCAUUUAUAUCGCUCUCUCGUGUGCCCGGCGUUAACAGCCAUGCGCCACCAGACCCGUUGCGACCCAUUGAACUUCCUCUUAUGCAAUUACACGACCGAAGUCAUCCAAUUUUACAAAUAUUGGAGUCACGUACAACAGACAAAAUGGCAAUGGAUUUCGUAAAAAAACAGAAAUUAAGAUUCGCCGAACAGUAA